UGAAAAUAUAAAUUUACACUGAAUUUUUUUCUUAUCGAAUUAAACUAGCUACUAAUAUUUGUGAUAGUUGUGAUCUUAAGUGAUACAAUUUCGUAGUUUUAGUUUAUAACGAUAAUUAAUUUUAUUUGAAGGAGUUACCUGUUAGAAGAAUAUCAUGACGGUCUGAAUUUAUUUGAAUCACAAUGAAAGUUCAAUUGAUGGAAAUUUAGUAAAGUUUAUGGAUAAGUUACCUAUCUGUGCUUGUGGCUCCGCGUAGAGAUGGCUGAUAGCGGACCCUUUGUAGCAAAGCCGGCUAGGGGUUGGCUUCACCCCGAUUCCGUUUUGGCCAGCGAUGGUAUUACAUACGCAGUGCGGUACAUAGGGUGUAUGGAGGUGUUAACGUCGAUGAAGAAAUUAGACUUCGAAACUCGCUCUCAAGUAGCCAAAGAAUGUAUUGCUAGAGUAUGUGCAGCUGCAGGAUUAAGGUCAGCUGAUAAAAAACGUCGCAUUAGUCAGGCAGCAUCUUGUGCUCUUGCUGCAAAGCCUCGAAUGGCACAUUCAGGUUCAAAUGUUGCAUUAACUGUUUCUUCAAGAGCAAUCACAUUGGCUGCCCUAGAGGGAGGUGAAACAAUUGCCCGACAUGAUAUGCCCCGAGUUUCAUUUGCCUCUGGUGGUGAUCAGGACUCACUAGACUUUGUAGCAUAUGUGGCUAAAUCUGUACCCCCCACUGAGUGGCGAGCUUGUUAUGUACUAGAGUGUGGAGGUAGGCUAGCUCAGGAUGUCAUAGCUACUAUAGGACAAGCAUUUGAGUUGCGGUUUAAGGAGUUUCUUACAAAGCCUACUUCGUUGAAUAUAAACGGUUCGACUCUCGCGGCGUCUGCAGAGGCUCCUCUAGAAGAUCGUGAGUACUACAAUGACAUGCCGGACAAAAUCCCGCCCGAGCCGGCGCCCUCUGCCGCCCCGAUUUCUCACCAUCGACAUCCACCACCGCCGCCAUUGGCUUCACUACCACCUAUAUCUUCUUGCGAAGAGAGCGUUCGUCAGUACGUGAACCAGACACCCCCGCCCCGCACACCCCCCACCGCAUUGCUACCCAACCAUCAUACAGACAUAUUUGAUAUGCAGCCCUUCACAGCAGCCCCUUUAACGUCAUCGUCGACAUCUCCCGGGACGUCCCCGGCGGGAGCAGAGGCCGAGCCUCUAGGGCCGAGCGCUCAGGCUGCUCUACUCGCAAGGGAACCAUGGUUCCAUGGGGCUAUCUCAAGAAGUGCUGCAGAAAAGUUGGUGGUGGAAGAUGGCGAAUUCCUAGUCCGAGAGUCAAGCGCGUGCCCCGGUCAGUUUGUGUUGACGGGAUCUCGACGCGGACAUCACAAACAUUUGCUGCUUGUCGAUCCUAAUGGAGUGGUUCGAACUAAGGACCGAGUCUUCGAGAGCGUGCCUCACCUCAUCAAAUACCACUGUACCAACGAGUUGCCGAUUGUGUCUGCUGACUCUGCACUUUUGCUUCGGAAACCUGUUAUGAGAUCCUGAUUGCCGGACACACAUUACGGACACACGUAUUGAAACGGACGAUUAAGUGUUAAAACUGGACUGUUAACUGCAAGUUUUUAACUGAUAUAUCUUAAAAGUAAAAAAAAUGUGUUGUAGAAAAGUUGAGGGUAGUUGGGAAUAUCUUGAGUUUGAGGGUAGUUUCAGAGGAUUAUCUGAAGAGUUGUAGAAUUUCUUAGCUUUGUAACAUUUUUCCAUCACAAUUGAAUAUCAGUUAUCAGUAGCAAGUUUGAUAUGUAUAUGAGCCUAUGAUUUAUUUUUAGUCAAAUAUACAAGUUUUGACAGCUCCCAAUACUGCUUUAAUCUCGAUUAUAUGUUUCAAUACUGGCCUACUGCAAAGUAUACUAUAAUACUUCAUAUUAAAAUAACAUGUACUAAAAAAGUACCACUUUUUUGUCUUGGUUACAAGUUUCUAAGGACAAAUACACUUUGUGUAACCGAUUCGUAGAUUUUUUUGAGCACUAAUACGAUUGUUUAUAAAUACGUAUCGUUUUUUUUUUAAAGCAGUACAUUACAAUGUACUAUUUUAAUAGAACCUUGAAGGAAAUAAUGUAUUGUCCUGGCCUUCAGGUUGACCGAUGAGUGUAAUUCACUGGUCAGAAGGCCCAAGUGGCAAGUCAAGACGUUGUGUAUAGAGUAUAGAGAGAUCGGAAUAAAAUGAUCUCUAAAUCUAUACACAACGAUAGAUCGCUAUUGCGUUUCAGGGUAUGACGUCAUCCCAGUGAUUGUAGUCGUAAAUUUUAAAUGUCUGAUGGAUCGGUCAUCAUCGCGACAGUUAGAAUCGCGUUUAAAUUUGGUUGGAAAUGUAAUCCCUAACAAUAUGUUAGGAAAUUGUAUAAUAUUAAAUGCAUUUAUUCUUGUAUCUUGUGAUAUAUUAACUAUUUUUCAUCUAUCUUUUGCAAACGGCCUAUACUUAGGUUUAAGCUUAUUAUAUUUUAUAUACUAUGGCACUAUAUAUUCUUAUCGAAUUUUGUCUUCCAAUUUGCAAUGCAUUCAUAACUAUUACUAUUAAUUUAAGUUUUCAUACAGUAUAUAAAGUAAUAUAAAGGAAAUGUAGUACAAGUCAAAUUUAAAUUCCAAGAAGUUUACAUCACGAAGGAGUUUUAAUUGUAUUGAUACUAAGGCGCAAUUUCUAUAGUUUUUGUCUAAUAAUGCUGUAGUCUGUGACAAUUUUGCGCGUUUUGAUGGAUCAUGGAACUUUUAUUAACAGAUUCAAUCUCAAUUUAUAAGAUAUUGUAUGAAAGUGAAUAAAACAUAAGUAUUUAACCAAUGCUUGAAUUGCAUUUAGUACUGUUUCAAAGUUCUUAGGUUAAUUAAAUGUGCAAUCGCAAUGCCAAACGAGAGAAUUUCCAUGAAAAUCAUAUUUUUCUAAAAUUAUAUUUUGAUAUUAUCUGCAAUUUAUUUAGAUUCAUUCCAUGCUCUCUUAGAUUAAGAAUGUAUUUUUUUAUCAUUAAAUGCACAAUAUUUACCAUUUAAUCAAUUAAGUUAGUUGUAACUAUAGGUGCUAUGAAAGCUUACUUAAACAAUAUUAUGUAAAAGUAUAAAUAUAUGAAUUUAUUGUAAUUAUUGACUAUUUGAAUUCGCCCUCUGUGUUUAUGAAAUGAUACAUUAUGAAGUUACUAUAAUGAGCUUCAAAGUUAAAUUGAAAAAACAUUAAAUAUUUUAAGAAAUCCAAAGAUCUAAUUGUUUUAGUUUACUUUCGGCUGUAUACAUUAAUUCUGGUAUCUGAAUAUUAUAAGCACGCAUAGUGAAUUGAAAAGUUUUUUUUAAUACUUUAGACGUUCUCUUAAUAGUUUAUUCAGACACGUAUUCUAAAAUGACUAAAAUGAAAUCCAAAUCAAAGAAGUUAACACAUUAGACAGUGACGUGAAUUGGAAUACGGGUCUAACUAAUGUUUGUAUUUACUACAUGUUAGGCCGAGUUCAGACAAGUGUAACGUAAGAAUUGUAAAGCAAAUGUUAGAUUACGAGUAAUUUAGCAUCAACAGUGUGGACGUCACACAAAGGCAGCGGAAAUCGUGUAUCUUUCUCACACAUUACACUUGUCUCGAUCCGGUUUAUUAUAAAUAUCAAUAAUUGAUUUUACAAUAAAGACAACUGUAUAGA